ACCCAGGGAUCUGCCCUAAUAUAUGUCAAGCCAUCUAGUGAAGCGACGCCGUCCUUCGCCUCUCCCUUCCUUUCUGCCCCUAGGUUUCUAUCUUGCUUGAAACUUAGCGGAAAUGGAGGGGGAAAUGGAGAAUGGAGGCAAAAACGACGCAACGGCGGAUUCGCCCACAUCCGUAUUGGAAGACGAGCAGAUGUGCAACGGUCAGGCCACGGGUGGUGUUACAUCGGAAGAGGAAGAAAAACCGCAAGUUGAUGCCAAUAGGAAGAGCGGGGCGGCCUUUGAGGAGGACUCGUCCCUGCCGCUCGAAUUCGAGGCAAAGAAUGGUGACACCUCUCUCAUCACAGAAGCCAUGGCACAGGAAGAGGAGAAGUUACUGGAGGCCCGAGUGAUGGAGGAGAUGAAGAUAAAGCAGGAAGAAGCUCAGGAUGCUCAAAAUCCCAACUUUCGGUUCAGCAAGUUGGAUGAGUUGCUGACACAGACCCAGCUCUACUCAGAGUUCCUCCUCGAGAAGAUGGACGACAUUACAUUUCAGAAUGGCAUGGAGAACCCUGCUGAAGCAGGGAACGAGGCUAAAGGAAAGAAGAGUGGUCGCAGUCGAAAGAGGAAGUCCACCACCCAGUACAACAAUAGGAAAGCAAAGACUGCUGUUGCAGCAAUGCUUACUAGAUCCCAUGAAACUAUUGCUCCUGAAGAUGCUGAUCUUACAGAGGAGGAGAGGGCUGCAAAAGAGCAGGCCGAACUUGUGCCUCUAAUGACUGGUGGACAGUUGAAGACUUAUCAAAUUAAAGGUGUUAAGUGGUUAAUUUCACUCUGGCAGAAUGGUCUCAAUGGGAUACUAGCGGAUCAAAUGGGCCUUGGCAAAACAAUUCAGACAAUCGGAUUUCUUGCACAUCUUAAAGGGAAGGGUUUAGAUGGUCCUUACAUGAUUAUAGCUCCUCUUUCUACUCUCUCAAAUUGGGUAAAUGAGGUUUCGAGGUUUGUGCCUUCCAUGAGUGCUAUUAUAUACCAUGGAUCAAAGAAAGAAAGGAUGGAGUUACGGAGAAAGUUUAUGCCUAAAGCUAUAGGCCCUAAAUUUCCACUUAUUGUUACUUCCUAUGAGGUUGCACUCAAUGAUGCAAAGGUUCUAGCUCACUAUAAAUGGAAAUAUGUUGUAGUAGAUGAGGGCCAUCGAUUGAAAAAUUCAAAGUGCAUAUUAUUAAGGGAAUUGAGACGCCUGCCAGUUGAAAAUAAACUUCUUCUAACUGGAACACCUCUUCAAAACAACUUGGCUGAGCUUUGGUCAUUAUUGAACUUCAUUUUGCCUGACAUUUUUUCAUCCCAUCAAGAGUUUGAGUCAUGGUUUGAUCUGUCUGGGAGGGGCAAUGUCGAGAACCAGCAGGAAGAGAGCGAAGAAAAGAGAAGGGUUCAAGUAGUAUCAAAGCUCCAUUCUAUUUUACGCCCAUUCCUCCUACGACGAAUGAAGGAAGAUGUGGAACAAAUGCUCCCUCGAAAGAAAGAGAUCAUUUUAUAUGCUAAUAUGACUCAGCACCAAAAGCAUCUCCAGGAUCUUUUAGUCAAUAAAUCACUUGAAAACUACUUGCAAGAGAAGACAGACAAUGUUUGGAGAUCUGGCAUGAAAGGGAAGCUGAAUAGUUUGUUUAUUCAGCUUAGAAAGAACUGCAACCAUCCUGAUCUCCUAGAGUCUGCAUAUGAUGGAUCAUAUGUUUAUCCUCCCAUCGAACAGUUGGUGGAACAAUGUGGCAAAUUUCAGUUGCUGGACAGAUUAUUGGACUUACUACUUGCUCGGAAGCACAAAGUUCUAAUUUUCUCCCAAUGGACUAAAGUAUUAGACAUCAUCGACUAUUACUUCAGCGAGAAAGGCCUUGAGGUUUGCAGAAUUGAUGGGGGAGUCAAACUGGAUGAUAGGAAAAGGCAGAUAGAGGCAUUCAAUGAUCUAAGUAGCAAUGUCAAUAUCUUUCUUCUCAGCACUCGGGCUGGUGGGUUGGGUAUUAAUCUUACUGCUGCUGAUACCUGUAUAUUAUAUGACAGUGACUGGAACCCUCAAGUGGAUCUGCAGGCAAUGGAUCGAUGCCACAGGAUUGGGCAAACACGGCCAGUACAUGUAUAUAGGCUGGCAACAUCACAUUCUGUAGAGGGACGGAUCAUAAAGAAAGCUUUUGGGAAAUUAAAGUUGGAGCAUGUAGUUAUUGCAAAAGGACAAUUUCAGCAAGACAGGGUGAAGCCCAACACCUUAGAGGAAUCAGAACUAUUGGCGCUGCUUCGAGACGAAGAGGAUGAAGAGGAUAAGCUUGUUCAGACUGACAUUACUGACGAAGAUCUAUUGAGAGUCUUGGAUCGCAGUGACCUGACAGGACGAGCAGAUGGUGAUGCAGCAUCAAUUAGUUCUCUUCCUCUUAGAGGACCUGGUUGGGAGGUAGUGAUACCAACUAAAAGUGGUGGCAGCGUGCUUUCUUCGCUCAGUAGCUGACUCUUGGGUGCAGUGGACGAACCCCUUUUUUUUUGGGUUUUGGGUGGUGGUGAUUGUUCCACUGGAUUCUAAGUAUGGUGGUUCAUGGAACUUUUGUAUAUGAACAUUCGAGAAGAAGCGGCAUAACCAUCCAGCGUUAGCUAUGUAUGUUCAUUGGUGCUAUUUGGGAAGCUCAGAUAGUUUGUGCUGUUGCAAUUUUGACAAGAAACUCCGGGGAAGCAACAAGCUGUGAACAUCCUUCCCAUGAACUUUGUAGAAUUCUUGUUUGUAAGCUGAAAUGAUAUGUCCCCAACCGUGGCCCUUGGCUCAUAAUAUAUUUUGAGAUAUUUUCCUCA